UUUGCUCAAGCUGCUCUAACGAGCUGCUCUUUCCUUGCUCAUCGAACUUGAGUUCCUAGGGAAGCGCCUGCCUUUUCGGUGCGCCAGGAUGGGCGGUGGUCUAGAAUCGAAGGCGAUGGCCAAGGGAAGCGAGCUCCCCUCGGAUGAAACUUGAAGCGGACCCUGGGGUUCCAGUUAAGGCCCACCAAGGUCUUAGGAAAAAAAACACCAGAGAGGGAUACCAUGGGGCAAACAGUGAAUGAAGAGUCAAUGGAUGUAAAGAAGGAGAAUCAAGAGAAAGCUCCUCAAUCAGGCACAUCUUCUAUGCAGAGUGAUGAUUUUCACUGGGAGAAUUACUUGAAAGAGACUGGAUCUUUAAGUGCUCCUUCAGAGUGUUUCAGACAGUCCAAGAUUCCACCAGCUAAUGACUUCAAAGUUGGCAUGAAAUUGGAAGCCCAUGACCCUCGCAAUGUUACUUCAAUAUGUAUAGCGACAGUUGUUGGAAUUACUGGUGCCAGGCUACGUUUACGACUGGAUGGUAGUGAUAACCGGAAUGACUUUUGGCGACUUGUCGAUUCUCCAGACAUACAGCCUGUUGGGACAUGUGAAAAGGAAGGGGACUUACUUCAGCCUCCACUGGGGUACCAGAUGAAUGCAUCAUCUUGGCCAAUGUUCCUCUUGCGAACACUGAGUGGAUCUGAAAUGGCACCUGCAACAUUCUUUAAGGAGGAGCCACCAAAGCCACCCCUAAAUAAUUUUAAAGUGGGAAUGAAACUUGAGGCUAUAGACAGAAAGAACCCUUAUCUGAUCUGCCCUGCAACUAUUGGAGGUGUUAAAGGAGAUGAAGUUUAUAUCACAUUCGAUGGCUGGAGUGGAGCUUUUGAUUAUUGGUGCAAGUAUGAUUGUCGAGAUAUUUUCCCAGUUGGAUGGUGUCACCUGACAGGAGAUGUAUUACAACCACCAGGAACACAUGUUCCCAUUACAAAGAAUAUAGCAAAAACAUCUUCUUCUUCCAAAGCAACCCAGCGUUCAAUGCAGUCUCCACAGAAAACUGCUGUAAUAUUACCAACACAGCAGAUCAAGAAAUCAGGUCGGGCUAAACCACCCGGUCAUACUUCAGCCCCUAAGAAGGGAAGUUCUGCUAAAAAUAGCGCACCAAGGAAAAAAGGUCCAAACUCAGGAAAAAAGGAGAAAUGUAUUCCUGUUAUGUGUUCCACAUCUUCAGCUUCUUUAAAUGCGCUGGCCAGAGAACGUGGUGGUGUUUCAUGUGAUAAGGAUGCUGUUCCUGGGUCAUCUAAAAUAGUGAUGUCUACAGUCUGUGUCUAUGUAAACAAACAUGGAAACUCUGGCCCUCACCUGGAUCAGAAGAAAAUCCAGCAGCUGCCUGACCACUUUGGCCCAGGCCCUGUGAAUGUGGUACUCCGGCGGACUGUGCAGGCCUGUGUGGAUUGUGCCAUUCAAAGUAAGACUGUUUUUGGAUUCCUUAAGCCAGAUCAUCGUGGAGGAGAAGUGAUAACUGCCUCCUUUGAUGGGGAAACUCAUUCCAUCCAGCUUCCUCCAGUGAACAGUGCAUCAUUUGCUCUUCGCUUUCUUGAGACCUUGUGCCACAGCCUGCAGUGUGAUAACCUUUUGAGUAGCCAGCCUUUUAGCUCUUACAGAGGUAAUAGUCAUAGUCCUACAGAGCAUGAUCAAAAUAAAUCAGUUAAAGAAGAUAUAGCGGAAAAGAAAAGCACCAAACGACCUUCUCAGCAACCUCUGCCUUAUGUUGUUCCUCUCUCUCCUAAGCUCCCCAAAACAAAAGUGCAUGCCUCUAAAGAAGAAGUACUGUCUUCUGAAGGAAAUGGCAUGCCCAUAGAGGAGAAGCUUCCUGAAGAGUCUGAGGACUCACCACUAAAUCCAACAAAUUCUUCGAGUCCUGCCAGUGGAAAUUCUAUAAGCACUCCUCCUGCAGUCUCCAGGAAUUUUUCUCAAAGUGUGCCUUGCACCUCAAAUUCAACGCUAGCAGGGACCAAAUCAUCUACCAAGAGUAGUCACCAUGAAGUUAAAUUCCAAAUGCAGAAGAAAAGUGAAGCUCCAAGUUAUAUAGCUGUACCUGACCCCAGUGUCCUGAAACAAGGCUUCUCUAAGGACCCUUCAACCUGGUCUGUGGAUGAAGUGAUACAGUUUAUGAAACAUAAAGAUCCUCAGAUAUCAGGCCCCCUCGCCGACCUCUUCAGGCAACAUGAGAUUGAUGGGAAGGCUCUGCUACUACUCAAAAGUGAUGUGAUGAUGAAGUAUAUGGGGCUGAAGUUGGGGCCAGCCUUAAAGUUAUGUUACUAUAUUGAAAAACUUAAAGAAGGAAAAUAUAAUUGAAAAAAAUGUGUAAGUUUAAAUUAGACAUAAUUUUCAGUUGUCCUGAUAACUUUUUAAUUUAAAAGUAUUUUUAUUCUCAUAGUGGUUUUUGUUUUGUAGACAGUUCCUCUAAAAAUAUGUUAUAUCCAGAAUUUAGAACUACAUUACAGUCCAGUCUACUUCUUUAAAAACCAUUAAUAUGUUAGUCUUAGCAUAUUCAGAUUGGCAGUUCUCCAUGUCUUUUUAUUAUCUUACAGUUUAUAGUUUAUUAUUUUAUUGUACAGUUUACAAAUAUAUUUCAUGCAGGAAACAGUAACACCUUUGAUUUUGGUUAAUGUUGAUAUGUAAAACCAAAACAGCUAAAUCCCAAAGGGGAAAGUAUCAGGGACUAACAGGUUCGCUAAUGAAAUCCACGAGAAGUUUUCCUUAGAAGAGAAUUUAAAGGUAGAACUAUAGGUAUCAUCUCUUUCUCAAAUACUUUGUCUGUUACUGCAGUGUUCUGUUCGUGUUCUCCCAGUUUCCGGAAAGGGAAUAGCCAUAUAAAUUAUUUUCCUUUUGUUGUUAUUUCUCUGUAUGUUGUAUUUGUUCAUAUUUAAAGAAAAAAAAAAACCAAGCUUAUAAACUUUCAUAAAGUGUUCUUAUCAGUUUUUGAUAAAUUUUGAACAGUUAUAAGAUAGAUAGAAUGGUUGUUUUAUGCAGGAGAUAUUAUACUACAAGGGUGGUUUGGAUGGAGUCUGAUUAAAUUUUUUCAAUGAAAUAACCUAUUGUUUCAAAACUUUACAUAUUUUCGCUAAGCUUAGACAUUUAACUAGGCAUUCAUUUCUCACAUCUCUAUAUGAAGACACCUGUGCCCAAAUUUUUUAAAGAUAUAUAUUUUAUUGUCUGUGUUUACUUCUCCUAUGGAUACUAUACCAUAUUUAUAUAUUAUUCUAUACCUGUAGGUAUUGAAACAAGUAAAUCUGUUCUUUUUGAAUUUAAUAUGGCACUUUGCACUGCCACAGAGGUAAUUGUGAACUAUUUAUAUAGUUAGAUGUUUUUAUUCUGAAAAAAUAUGUGCAUCAUUUGCUAUCACUAGUACCUCAGCUUAGUCUUCAGGGGUUAAGAAACAAUCCAUAGAUUGGUUUCCAUACAGGGAUAUUCUCUGUCCUAUGCAAUGUUGCUAGUUAAUUUGCUUAGUUCUGAGCCAUUUAUUCUGCUAAAUUUUGGAAGAUGCAUUAAUUCUGACUUCUUUUGGGCUUUAUUUUUAAAGUUAGAACUUUCAAGGGGAAAUGGUGCUAUAUGUUUAUCGUUAUUACUUUGUAUAACUUUGGUGUAAUGUUUAAAAGCUAUGAGAAUCUGUGCUAAAAGUAUCAGCAAUUUGUUAUAAAUGCCAAUAAAAUGUACACCAGGGGCAAGAAUGUACAUUUUCUUUAUUAGAAAACCAAAUGUACUUUAUAUGAGAAUGCUACUAUUUAAAGGGUGGUUUCAUCUAUGUUAUUCCUUUUUUGUUAUAAGACAAAAUUCUAAUUUAAACUUGGUCUUCUCCCAAAUUGUUUGUGUAAAGAUGCUGUGCCCAGUUAAAUAGUCCUCAGGUGUUUGUAUAAAUGCUAUGUUUUACAGGUUUCAGAUUUUAAAAUAUAAUAAAGCUAAAUAAUCUCAACAAUUAAUUCAAAGACUCAGAUUUGAUUUUACUUGCUUUCAUUGCAUUACAUUUAUGUAUGAAUUGGUUACAGUUCAAAAAGCAGCACUCCAGUAAGGUUGUGGUUUUAUGUGUCCAAAUACUUGGUUUUAACACUUGCCCUCAUUCUACUGGUGAACAGAUUCCUAGGAGCAAAGGGCCCAUCUCUUGUAGGGGCCUUAAAUGAGACCUCAGGGAAACAAGUUAAAUCAGUGAGCUUUAUGUGUACUCAAAGCUUUUGUUACUUGACAGUGUUAUUGAUGACGUGAGCAUGCUAGAAAAUGCCAGUGCCCCUAGAUACCUCAUCUCACCUGAGUUCAUGCACUUGGCUGGCAAUUCUAGAUGCCCCUUUACCACUGGGGGCCACAAGCCACAUUGCUGCUCAGCCCUUAGCUCUCAUGGUGGAAAAGCCCCAGAGGCUCAAGGUUGUGGUUGAAUCACCUUCAAGAUCCAACCCCUUAGCCCACCUGCCCCAGGAGCUGCUGCGAUGGAACCCCAAAACUCCAGUGCAGUUCAUUGGAGAUGACUGAGUCCUAACUAAUGUUCCUGGAAUGAGGCUCGCAAGUAACAGGAAUGGGGGCAUCAAUUUGCUGUCUGAAACUUGGGUGAUUCAGAACUCGUUGUUAUUGACUGUCUGGUUUGUAAGUUUUUGUCCACCAUAGAUUAUCAUGCCAUGUUAGCACAUGUUACCUGUGAACUUAAUUAUCUUUCCUCUAGUUUUGCCUCUCAAUCUAUCCUUCAACUCUCUGUAGGCAGCAGGAUUCUGCAACUUGAGCCUUCGUCUUUCAUCUGUGUAAUUUCUAAUCACAAGGUAGAAUUACUAGCAAAAAGCAGUCAAAGCAUCAGGGGUUCUUAUAUUGGUAAGAGGUUCAAGCAUAAGUAAAGCAGAUCAUGAACUUGUGUAUAACCAGUUACAGUGAGUGAAAAUCAAAAAGCAAAACCAGAUAGGCCAUAGGCAUAAUUUAAUAGAAUUGCAAUAGAAAAAAAGGAUUAGAUCUUUCAGCCUUUGACACAAGGAAGUAAAAUUAAAGAGCAGAUACUGGAGUUCCCACUGUGGCACAGCGGCAAGUCAUUGUGGCACACAGUAAGUCAUUUUAAUGUCUGUAUUCCUAAGAGGUCUUUUGGGCCAAGGAUGAAACCUGUGCCACAGCAGUGACCCCAGCCAUAGUGGUGACAACACUGGAUUCCCACCCGCUUGGCCACCGGGGAACUCCACAGAAUUCAUUUUUAACACCGUGGUGUCAUGAGAGAAACCAGGGCUCCUGGGAGAAAUGACUGAUUGCAGGACGAGGACAGGGAAUAUACAGCUGGAGUCUGGCGCGUCUUCGUAUCAGAAGGAUGCGCUCCACAAAAGCACAGCGAUGAGAUAGAUCAGAGGGACGCAGGAGCCAAUGGAAAGCGCCUCCAGUGGCCACAUCUGGAAAGGCCUGAGCAACAGAAUGAAGUAGUAGUGGAUGAUAACCCAGCGCCUCAAGGAAGUAUCCCUGAGUCCAUAGCGCUGGAAAGCGGUGACUGGAGAGGGACACAAACGAGGGAGGACAGACGAACUGUGCAGACGAAUCCCGAAUCAGGUGGACACUCAGCCUCCAGGGAGCGGAGCCUCACUCCCCAGCCCUUCCGUGUGUGCUGUGCAGAGAGGUAUGUGCUUCCUUCCAAAGAGGACAGCGUGGAAAGGGCCAAAGGAGGAACUGGACAGUGACCAACUCGGCCUCAGCCAGGGGGUCAGUGUCAGCGUCAGCAACGAGAAGUCAUGGUGACAGUAUGUGCCCUUGAUAUGUGACGAGAAUGGCCCCUUAUCCCUGUGGUUUUCUUCCCCCAAACCCGUGACCCUAGUUUCAUCAUGAGGAAAAUCAGCAAACAAAUGCCAGCUGAAGAACAUUCUGCAAAACACCUGACCAGCACGCCUCAGAACUGCCCAGGUCAUCAAAAACAAGGCAAGUCUGAGAAACCAUCACAGCCGAGAGGAGCCCAAGGAGACCUGAUGACUGAACAUAAUAGGGUUUCUUGGAUGGGAUCCUGGAACAGAAAAAGGUGACUAGUAAGGAAGUGUGAAUCCAUUGUAGGCUUUUGUUGAUCAUAAUGGAUCAAUACGGAUUCAUUAGAUGUGGCAAAUGUGCCACAAUACAAGCUGCUAAUGACCGGGAAGAUGGCUGUGGGUACUCUCUUGACUCUCUUAGCAAUUUUUCUAUACAUUGCAGCUGUUCUAGAAUGAAACGUUUAUUAAAAAGUUCAUUAUAUCC